GAGAGAGAGAGAGAGAGAGAGAGAGAGAGAGAAUGAUAAAAUAGUGUGGGGGGAGGGAUAGGUGGGUCUAGGUGAGCGAGCUUCCGUAUUUCAGCAGCCGAUCUUCGCUUCCCCACCUCCUUUCUUCUCCUCUGCUCGUUGACUUCAUUUUCUGUUGCUGACAGAUGGGUGGGUGGCUUCCCCCCCUUUCUUUCCUUCUGAGGGGUUUCUGCGGCGUGGGUGGCCGUAUUUAUUUCCCCCCACCGCUGUCGUUAGGAGGAGAGAAAUGCCAUUGCCACCCCACCCCCGGUUUUGCCUCGAUCCUUAUUGUUGUUGAGUUUUCUUCUCAAGUAGUGGGGAUCAAAAAGUAGUUGGGCACCUUAUUAUUCCAUUUUCUUAGGGCAGGUGCGCCCUCUCCCCUGCUGGGGGGGAGAGGUGAGGUUCUCCUUACACACUUAUGUGUGUCUCCAGGGAUGUGCAGCCAUGUCUGCUAAUGUUAAAGGGCUUGCCGUGCUGACUCAUCAGGUGUCUGGUGGGGGAAAAGAGUGAGUCUAUGUGGGGUGGGGCACAGGAAGGGGAAAAUAUGGAGAGUAUUGGGGAUUGGAGGGGGGGUCUAAAUCACCCCAUUGCAUCCCCUUGGCACAGCCUACUGUGUGCAGAGCCCAGACACUGCUGACUCAUCAACAUGAGGUCACCACUAGGUAUAUGCUGCACAAAGGGAGGUAGGGGCUGACCGGCAGAUGGGACCUGUCAAAAGGGUUAGCAGGGGGAGAGAGGGUGACUUGCUGACUCACUUUCUCACUGGGUGAUAAGGCAGAGAAGGGUGCAAGUUCAGGAGAUGGUUGGGAAGGGGAUUCGCCUGAGAUUCUUUCUCUCUGCUACUUGUCUAUAUUUUGCCUGCAUUCAAAAUGUUGUGACAACUGUAGCUUUCUGAGCAUAUGUCAUACAGUGUAUAUAUCCAUGUGCAGUUUAUGUGCAUUAUGUGCAGAAGUAACUGUAUGUGGGGAGUGUGUGUGUGAGAAAAGGGUUACUUGGCAGAACUUUUGUGAGAGACCCAUUCCUAAGUGCUUGUAGAUUUAUGUCGGUAUGUACGGUAUGUUUGCCCUGUCUGCUCGCGUGUCCUCGGUGCUCUCUCUCUGUACAUGCAGGUCUUAACUUUACUGUUUUGGCUAGCUUUAUAGACUUUGUAAAAUGGUAGCUCCUGAAUACCUUUAUGGAAAUUGCUGCUACUUGUCUAUGCUGUCUUUGUCAGACAGGCACGAUGUCCUCAAGGACUCUGUGAAGGAGCUUGGCAUGCUGUCACACUGAAGUGGGAAGGGCACAGAGAUGCAGAUUCCCUUGUUUGUGCCUGCACAGCUCUGCUUGAUUUGUAUAAUGGAGCACGUCUGUGCAACAAGUGCAUGCUGUCCUACCCUGAGUCCCUUGUGUGAAGUUCCCACAGUGAAGGUAGCUGAAGCAUGCUGUCGUCUACAGCCACAACUCUGGAGGGCAAUCUGUCCUCUGCCAGUUUGAGAGCGGCUUGGCUACUGGGGACUGGGCAACUUAAUCAGUAUGUCAAAGAUGUUUAGAUUGCGAUUAUAUGGGGAUGCUUUGUGUAACAAUAGCUAGCUGUGGUUUGAUGUCCUUUUGACGGAGAUCUCCACAAACUGAUUCUAAUUCUAAAACGGUAAUGUUAGAAGGACAGAGAAAGUUAAUCUAGUCUGAUUCCAUUCUCUGUAAAAGGAUACUUCAAACCUAGUGCUCCUAACAGACUAAUGUGUUGCAUGUCUCUUUCCUGGUCUCAUUGUAGCAGGAUAGGAGAUGAUGAACAGCUGUCUUGAUUCUCAUUCUGGGUGUCUGACAUAGCAACCUGGACAACGUAUUAUUACUGGAUAUUUAGAUAAUUGCAGUGACUUACAAAGUUUGUGGCAAAUGGGAAGCAAAAUAGAUGUGCCUUGUCUAGAAGCCUCGCACAGUACUUGAAAAUAAUGAUUCAAAGGUGUGGAGAGAGAUGAGCAAGCUCAGUUUUAAUUAUAAAUAUGAUGAGCUCCUCAGUGAUCAUAACUAGGAGUCUGGUAGGAAGAGGUCAAGUUACUGAUUUUUGGUCCCCUUUACUUCAGUUCUGCUGAGUAAGAAGAAAACUUGUGUAAACAGCAGUGCUGAGGCACUAUGCACUUUCUAAGCAUAGUGGGGAGAUUGCUGGGGCCAGUCAUGUCUGCUUUGAGGAGACAGAAUUCUCUAGUGACUCUGUUUCUUGAAGUCUUAACUGGGUAAGCAUCUACUUUCAGGUUAAAUAUUCCAUAAAUGAGAAGUUAUGUAUAGACAAGCCCUCAUAAAACACAUGAAAGACUGAGGGCAGCAGAGUCACUUACUUGCAGAUAUGUACAGUGUAGUGUUGAAACUACUGUUCAUACUUCACCUGUUGAAAAACCUCCCGUUGCAGACGGUCCUCCUGCUCCUGGUUCCCCCUUGUCGUCAUGCCCAUCUCCUUCCUCAUCCCUUGCAGCUGGGCCUCCUCUGAUGGGGCUGCCUCUGCUCCUGGAAUGGGUGACGUCACCAUGUUUACACUAGUUUGAUGGCACAGCUCUGUGAAUCAGGAAUGUUGAGAAUGGGGGCCUGUGUUGAAUCAUGCGCUCUGCUGUCAGCUCUGUUGUGAGCGAAGAAUUGGCGGUGCUUGUGCUGAGUGCAGACCUUUUGAGCUUGGCAAAAUGUGUUGAGGUUGCACUUUCCCCCUUUGCAGCCGUCGCACUUGGCACUUUCCAGUGUGAUCUUUCUUCGGGAAGCUGUCAAAAAGCUGAGAAAUCAGCAGUCUGGGGAGUUAGACCAAGUUUGUCUCUGUCUGGAUGCCAGUUCUCUCUGGCCGUCGUCCUCCUUGCGUGAUGUUAAUAAGUCCUUCUGUGGCCAGCAAGUCAGGACUGUAGAAGGGUCUGGUGCCAUCCCAAUUUAUGCUGGGCACAGAACACGCUAAGUUUGGUAGGGAUUCCACUUCUUGACUGCCCUCUUUUGGCCUUUUAAAAUCUUUCUAGUAAUGAAGGUUGUGCUUCUCCUAGGCACAGACGCAGCACACAUUACUCCUUCUGAUGAAACUAAGAUACCUAAGUUUCAUAUACAAAUAUGAGUUCAAGUAUCUUUGACCCAUCAGAGUGACUGAGGUUUUUUUUUGCUGUGUCUCAUCUUUUUCUCACAGCAUGUUGUUGUGUUGGUUGUUUAGUCGUUUAGUCUCACAGCAUAGACUUCCCUAAUAAUUUCCUAUGCAAUGAAAGAGAACUAUGAGCACUAAAGAUUAUUUCCGGGCAGCCUUUAUGUCAUUUCUUCUCUUCCCAGAUGAUAAAAAGUAACUUCGCAUUCUAAACAUUGAUUUCUAGACAUUAUAUUAGAGUCCUGGACUUGCCCUAUGAAAUGCAUUUUUGAGUUGGCUGGGCAGGGCACUAAGCAUAUAUACUCUCCCACUAAGUAUCUCUUUUCUGGGAUAUCUGUGGAACAUCACUUAUACUUGGCAUGGUGAAUCUUAUUAUUCCCUUACUUCUGCUGGGUUUACAAAUAUAAGAUGGGUCUUUGCUUAAGCAGUUUCUGUACUUUAGAAAUGUUCAGAUCACUCUCACAUGAAUGCUUGCAAUGAUGCCUAAUACAUUCUCACAUGUCUCAAAAGAAAAUCCUAUGACAGCAAAAGGAGAUUGUGUUUGGAGUAUUAGUUCUAGUACUGUGGCUAUUCAAUGAGUGGGUGACUUUAGGUUACAGUUCUGCUGGAGACCUAUAACUGCACAUGGUUUUUAAAUGGAGCAAAGUCAGAAAAAUGAAAGCAAAGGGUUAUACUGUUGAGAGGCAUACUUGUCCCUUCUGUAGCAUUUAUUUUACCAGUAUUGAAAGAACAUGAUUUUUUAAAGCAUUACCGUGGUAUCAGAGGGAAGCCUUCGCCCUGUUGCAAAUUGUGUUUUGGGGGAUGGCAAUACUGUGUUCCUCCUAGUCUAUUCUCUGAAUUAAAAAACUUAACUAGUAAUUAAUGUCUCUUUCCCCCACAUAUUUUUAGAAUGCUGACUCCCAAAUGGCAAGUCCCAAUACUGCCUGCAAUCAGGUUUUGGAUGUUAUAGUGCAGCAAGCUAAGUGUAUUUUCCUUCAAGAUCAGUAAUUGUUUGGAACCUACUUGUCAGUUUUAAAGACAAAAAUAAGUUGGUAGGUCCCGCUAGUAAGACAGUUGGGACCCACUGCGUUAGUGUGCAGUAAGCCUUUAAUCAGUGACCACAGCCAUAUCCUUUGGGCAUAAGCACUUUGCUUGUCAGCAGUUUUCGGUGCUCUAGGAAUAUCAGAGUUGUUGCUGGCCUAUUAGUGAUCUUGGAAAGCGCUGAAGCCAUCCCUUCUGGGGGUGCUGCUGGGGGACCGUUCCUUGGCUUUUGCUGACACGAGCUUGUCUUAAUUCUCUGCCAUAAAUGUGAACUGAUGUUUUAUGCAUUUAACAAACAAGAACAUGGGCUGUGUGUGGGAGAGGCAUUUAUUAUGCCAUGUAAGUGCUGAUGAUGUGCCUGGUGGGAGGUGGAUGUAAAAACAUCCCUGUCUGGAUGCACAUAGUGACUCCUCUGUCCCUGACACAGUCCUGGCCACACCAGCAGAUUUUCUUCUUGCUUAGGGAAAAACUGUGGCUUCUGAACUAUUCCAGACAAGUAGCCAAAGAAUCUGACUGUGAAGGCUUGCGUGUUAUGACGACCCCCAACAAAGGAAACAAAGCCUUGAAGGUGAAGCGGGAGCCAGGUGAGAAUGGGACCAGCUUGACAGAUGAAGAGCUGGUGACCAUGUCUGUGCGGGAGCUGAACCAGCAUCUGCGGGGCUUGUCCAAGGAGGAGAUCAUCCAGCUAAAGCAACGCCGGCGGACCCUGAAGAACAGGGGUUACGCCGCUAGCUGCCGUGUCAAGAGGGUGACACAGAAGGAGGAGCUGGAGAAGCAGAAGGCAGAACUUCAGCAGGAGGUGGAGAAACUGGCCUCGGAGAAUGCCAGCAUGAAAAUGGAACUUGAUGCCCUGCGCUCCAAGUACGAGGCGCUGCAGAACUUCGCCCGGACCGUGGCCCGGAGCCCUGUCACCCCUGCCCGGGGCCCACUUGCCGCCAGCAUGGGGCCCCUUGUGCCCGGCAAGGUUGCCACCACCAGCGUCAUCACAAUAGUGAAAUCCAAAACGGACGCCCGGUCUUAGUGAAACGAGCACUGCCUGGGCUUGUGUGUGCAGGGCAGUUAGGCACAAAGCUCAUCCGGAAUCCCCAAAGCACAACCCUCUCCCAGGUGGCCUGGCCCCACGCAGGCACACGCCGGCCUGCUUGUCACUGCAGUCCCUUUGUUUUUAGCUUUGUUCUGGUUGGUGUGACUGAUGGUAAUGCAACCCUUCUGUGUGAGCAGAACCUUCCACCCAGAGGUGUUCUGGGGACAGAGACUGAAGGACCUCGGUACUCUAGCCAAAGAGAUUCUCAGCAGCAUGGAAUAAAUUCUUGGGGAGAGAAGUCGCCCAAAGGGGGGGGGGAGGGCAGAGGUCAUAGAAAGUUGGAAGACCUGCUGUCAGUGAUGACGUAUACCAUUCUUCCAGGGUUGUGUGUCAGCUGUCCAGUCUGCUGCUUGUAAAUUGCUUGGUAUCAGUGGCUAUGAUGGGGGUAGUUUGUGUAACCAUGUUUAUAUUAACAUCUAGUUGCGCCUUUGAUGUUUAAAGGUGGGAUUCCUUAGGACUUUUCCUAAAAGGGGAGGGAAGGGGCAAAACUGCAGUUUCCUGGUGUCUGUGCUGCUGAGAAGGGAAAGGAGCCAGGAAUGGGCACUGUUGUAGCCUGCCUGUCAGGUAAAAAGGCAGGUUCUACUGUGGUGACUACAGGCCGGUUUUGUGCCUAAUGUGUUGCACUGAACAAGACCAAAAUCACUAGUUGUUUCCUGUGUUUGGAGAGUAUCAAGUGUCUCUAGUGUGAUGGUUUACACAAGUCUAUGUGGUUUAAAUAGCCCUUUAUUUAAGAGAGAAACAUUCAUUUGAAAGAAUUGUUAAAGAUCCAAGUCUCAAAACUAAAACUGGAUGAACAACUUGGAUUUAAUAGUCUCCUUUUUAACCUGAGAGGGUGGGAAUAUUUGACUGUCAUAUUCCUGGAGACUUUGCUAAUUUAAAAGAAAAGAAAAAGAAAAAGUUAAAAAAGUUAAAAAGUUUCUCGCUAAGUCUUUGUGGCUCCAAGGUUGUUUUUUAUAAAGAGUUAUCAGACUUUUAUUUAUAAAUAAUGUAGGGGGGAAAAGACAAAAAAAGGCUAGUCCUGUUUGAUAUCUUUUUGCAAUUGUACCAAAAGUGACUUAUUCUUGAACUCCUCACCCGCUUCUUUUGUGCUCCUGUUGUGUUUAGUUGUCUGUGCUCUGAGGUCUUGUGUGGCGCUGUGAUGUGAUGGUGCCAAUGGCCAUCUUUGCUGUGUGGAUGUCCUGUGAGCAUUUUUUUUUUGCUUUUCCUGGGCUGAGGGCAGGGCUUUCUUGGGCAUUUCCCAAUGACCUUCUGGCGAUCCUCUCUUAGAAGGUUUACCUGUGUCUAUUGGCCUCACUUCCUCAGCUGCUGAAGUCUGAGGUAAAUUGGCUCUUCUAGGGUGUUGCUGAAACUGCAUAAAUCAGGCAUAGGCAAACCCGGCCCUCCAGAUGUUUUGGGACUACAACUCCCAUCAUCCCUAGCUAACAGGACCAGUGGUCAGAGAUGAUGGGAACUGUAGUCCAGAAACAGCUGGAGGGCUGAGUUUGCCUAUGCCUGGCAUAAAUUAUAACUGGCAGACACUCUUGCCUUCCCCCAUGCCACUUUGCAUCACAGAGUUUGCUUUCCUGUGGAUACUGGGUCUCCAAUGGUCAGUCCCAACAUGUCAAAAAAAGUUGGGGAGAGGAGGCCACUGCCCAUGCUGCAGCAACAUGAAUCAGUUAGUGGAGCUGGCAAUGUAACUAACUCCAAUAUUUUCUAGGGUUGGGCCACAGGCGGCAUACAUCUAGGUUCAUUCCUUGGGAAUAAUUCUUUUGCUGUCAAUGCUACCAUCAACUUACCUCCUGGCUGUUGUUUUCUGUUCUUGGGCAUGUUGGGAAGUACUUGGGAAGCGCCAAUGGAAACUCCAUAGAGACUAAUGAGUGUGUGAUUGUCAGUGUGACCCAGGAAAAUCCAGCUUUACUAUUUAUUCUCCGGAUACUCAUAAAGUGUUGUUGGAAGCCUGGUCACGAGGUUCUCCAAAGGAGAACCUUCUGGCAGCCUGCUUUUUUUCUGAGAGGAGGAGAAUAGUUGCCCUGCCUUCUGUGCUGCUACCCAGAAGUGUUUGGUUCACAGGGAGCAGGUGGUCAUCCCAUUAUCAAGAGGAGCAUGUUGGGACUUUGGCAGUAUAUAUUUGUCAGGCUGUCUCUCCAGGUGUGCACUUAAAACUUGGGGCUUUGCCUAGAAAACAGUGUUCUUCAGAGCAAGCACAGCUAGUGAGUCCUAGUCGAGAACACGUUCAGAAAUCUUGACUGAAGCAGCAUAAGAACAACAUUAUAAUUGGCAGACACUAGAACCCUCCAGCUGUUAUGAUAUUGCCAGCAGGAUCGAGAAACUGGCAUAGCUCAGGCUGGGCAGUACAGAAUUUGGUGGCUUUUCAAACUGACAUUCUACUAGAUUUGGCCUUCACGGCUAAAGAGAAAAACUUAACGGCCAAUUUUGAAGCAAAGAGGUCAAAUUCGUAUAAGCUGAAGGGCCAAAUUCCUACCCAGCAGAUACCCAGGGACAGCACUCAACAGUUUCCAUUGUAAAUGUUUUUUCCAUCUCAGUUUAGUGAAAAUUUAUUCCCCGGAGUCAUCUUCCGAAUAACCUACUCAGUGUGAAAGUUUCACUUAGAACAUCUCCUAGGUGCAAGAAAGAAAGAAAGCUUUAAAUGAGGAUUAGUUGUCGAACGUCCUCUUCUUGAGCUCUCUCCAACUGCAAGCUUUCCAUUUGCAAUGUAAAGACAGGGCUGCUCUCUACCGCCAGUGGUUCUUGUAAAUAUCGCAACCAUUCUUUCGACAUGGCAACCUGGGGUGCUUUUCUGCUGCUCUUUGAAUGUGUGGACUGCAAAUUUGCAGUUGGCAGUACAGGAACAAGGAAGAGCAGACUGAAAAAGAGCGGGUGUGUGUGUGUGUGGAUUAAAUAACAAAAAGAGCUCUGGUGUGGUUGCACACUUAGCUUUGCUGGAGAUUCCACCAGAAAUCAUACUGGUUACUCCAUACAGCAAAUUUAGAAAGAAUAGGUAAGAGGCUGCUAUUGGCAAGGUAGCACCUUUGCCCUACUAAGGCUGUUAGGUGUCUGACCGGAAAAUGAUUGAAUUGUAUGGAGUAUGUUAGGGCUGCUGGGGUCAGAUGUGGGCUUGUAAGGUCUGGUAAGGCCCCAGGGAUUUAUGUCUCUCACUCCCGGUUUAAAAGGUUUAGAAACCAUUGGAGGAUUGAUUAUGUAGGAUUGCUGGGUCCAGAGCUAUCCUACCUUUUAUUGUUUUUUAAUCCUUCUACCUCUCUGUACAUCCUUCCCUCCCAUCUUCAAGCUGUGCAUAUUUUCUUCCCCUUGUUGCCUUCCAUUUUCUAGUCCUUUGCCAAAGAAAUCCAAAUUCUGUGAAAACCAAACAGUUGUAAUCUGAGCAAGCAAUAUGUAUGCAAGCUUGUCAAACUGAGAAACCACAACAGCGUGUAACUUGGGUUUCCUGGUCACCAAACUGACAAGCGAGAGGUGGGGGCUGAAGGGAAAUCGUAGGUCUCGUCAUGACUUGCUUUUGAGAGUCACGUGAAGGGCAGUUCCAUGGGCUGCCAUGCUCCCUUGAUGAGCAACAACUCUUGAAUGCCAGCUGUCUGACCUCCGCCUGCCUCUCCACUGGCAUUGGUGUGCUUCUCUGUACUGUAUACUGCUCCAUGGAAAGCAGGGCGACAACACCUUUGGUGGUAACUUUGAUAUUUAAACACAGCUUGUAUGAGAAAGUGAUUGAGUGGGGCUGUCUUUCUGGGGUAGAAGUUUCUUUUCAACAAACCUUGUUGACUCUUAUCAUGGAUAUAUUGUCCAGAACAGUUCUUAACAGCUUGCUGGAGUUGGCCGGGCUUCCAUUGCUGCUUCCUCUUAAUGGGUUGUCUACUGUUUCCAUCUAGAUCUUGGAUAGCAAGAAGGGCCUCUACUGAAAGUCUCUCCUCUAGAGUUGCAACAACUCGUGCCCUUUCCUAAAGAGGCGAGACGCUGUCCACAGCUGGGUUUGUUGGAAGAAGUUGCAGGUGCGUCACCUUGAAUACAGCGGGUGUGUUAUCAGGCGUGUUCUGGCUUUGGAAAGUGGGAAGGGUUGAAAUGAAAGUGGUGAAUCUUCCAACACCCAGGGGGCCCUUCAAACCUCCCAUUCUCCCUUCAUCCAUUUUCAGUCCGUUUCCUACUGUUUAUUAUGAGUUCUUCCCAUCCCAGGUGCCCCUCUCAAGCCCUUCCCCUUGAUUUCUCUUUCUGGUAUAUAGAAUUCAGAGUGUGAUGGUUCUUGUUUUCAAGGUGAUUGUUUGUUUGGUUUUUUCUGCUGUGAAGGGUGUUGUGUGUUUAUUUCUCCUUUUUUAUUAUGGGGCAUUUUGUUUGAUGCAACAGGUGGGGAGCUUUGCUUUCUACUUAGCUGCGGAGCAAAUACGUGAAGUAUAAUUCCGCCCACAUGUGGCUGGCUUGUGGCGGGGAGGGGGAGGGGGGCUUGUUUUUAUGUCGUGGUGAAUUGUGUAAAAGUGAUCUCUUUGAUUAUGGAACAAUUAUUUUGCUUUGGAAAAAGCAAGCAAGACUGCAGGCUGGGACUAGGGUAUUUGACACUUAGGCAUGGGUGGAGAUUGCUCAGCGUUUGCACAUGGGGAAUGUGCCCUCAGGUUGGAUAGCUGUGAGUGUGUGAGUGCAUAGAUACAUGGACACACACAUCACAUGCAUUCAUGCAUAAAAGUCAUGCAUUCCUUGUGUCAGAUGUUCCUUUUGGAAUCUCUUGUGCCCUUGGCACACUCCAGAGAUGUUACAAGUUGGCCUUGGCAGGGGGUUGGACUAGAUGACUUUCGAGGUUCCUUCCAAGUCUAUGAUUCUACGCUUUCUUCAUAUGUUACCUUUAAACAGGAUUGGUAUCCUGUUUAUUGAUGAAGCUGUACUCAGAAUUGUAGCUGAGCUCCAGUGGCAUCUUGCUUUCCCUUCCACUGGAAAAUGCAAGCACUUAUUGACAGCCCCCCCCCCUUUUUUCUUUCUCUCUCACACCUUCCUGAUGUCUCGAGCUAUAUUUUGUCGGUAAGAAAAAUUUCUAAUGCACAGGAAGGUCAUUUCCUGUUUGAUAACAUUGCUGCUUUCUUUGAUACCUGCAGUAGCAGGUAGCUAUGGCUGCUAAAACAGAGGUUCUUCCCCAUGUUGAGAGACCAGGACAGUAUCUCAUGGCAGUCUUGCUGUGAACGUCAGACAGGUUCUUCCAAGAGAUGAGGAUUUAUGUUUUCCUCUCCCGCUAUCUGAUGUAUACAAGCUCCGGACACUUGUGGCUGUCACCUGUAUGAACACUGAGCAGUUGAAGUGAAUAGUUUCCUCUUUCCCAAUGAAGGUAUGUUACUAUCUGGCUAAGGUAUGUUACUGUCUUGCUAAGGCAAGGGGGGUUGUUAUCUUCAGAGGGUUCCAAAACAAAUCCUGCUUGUCCUUGCUCUUGCCCUCACCUGCAGUUUGUUCUAAGUUUAUUACACCCUUUGCCAAAAUGGAAUAUUAUGGAGAAAAACAAGACAAAUAAGAAUAUUCAGAGCACUUAAUGAGACUGGCUAAGGACUUUUCCUCCCCACCCUCCAGAUGUUGAGGAUAGUUCUUACGACAUAUUGAUAUAAGAAAUACACUGCUGCUUUAAAAUGUUUCUUAAAAGGGGUGAAGAGGAGUAUUUUGAUAAAAAAGAGAAUCUCAAUCUCCAAAGCUAAUAAAACUGGAGAUUAAUUCUAUGUGCCAGGGGUGUAAUAGCAUAUUGUCAAGUCCUGGGGCUCUUCUAUAUAAUGGGAGAGCCCAAUGAAUUAAUCAGUAUUUAUUGCUAAAUUAUUGUCCUUUUUCAAUCUGUAGAUAUCUGAUAACUGUUGGGGAUUUGUUGCCACAGCCCCAGUGGAGGUGUUGUUAAUUUAUUUAUGUAUAUAGUGUAUGUUUGUUGAUAUGAAGCAUUCUUUAUUUUGUAUAUGACCAAUAAACAUCUUUAAAGAG